AUGUCGCGUUCUCCUUCGCCGUCCACCAAUUCCUCUUCGGCGCUUUCGAACAUCGAUGUCGCAGUGACUGCCGCCGACGCGUACCCUGUGCCAGCUUCAACUCCUCCUACCAGUAUCUCCGAUGUACGAAGCGUACCUAGCCCUCUAAAGGAGACCGAGGAAACUCCAACCGAUAUACGACCUCGCCGAAGCAGGGCAGGACCUACGACAUACAAUCUUACGCACUUAGGAAAUGCUCAGCUGAGUCGGAAGCGGAUUCACGAAGAUGGAGAUGAACAUAUGCCUGGCAAAGAGAACGCGCCUCGCAAGGUUGCGAGGACGAAAAAAGAGCAGAACGCUACAAGCGGUGCCAAAGCAACUGCAGAGUCAGCGCUGCUGCCUAACAUGAUGAAGAAGCUGAAAAGCGCGGGAUCAUUCCUGGAGGUUAAAAGUGAGGACCUUCUGAGGGCCAUUGGAUUUGGAGAGGCCAAGAAGAAAGCUUCAAAGCCCAAGGCGAAGCAACCUAAAAUUCUUCGGGAGCUGGAUACGGGCACGCGUGGUGUGCUAGAUGAGUUAGACCUCGAUGUAUCAUUUCCCGCCCCUGGCGCAGAACGACCGAGCAAACGAGCAAAGAAAGCAUCGGCGAUCAAGGAGGAACCAAUCAUUAUGCCAAUGGCAGCCCCACGUGGUCCUCUUCAGAAGACUUCGGACGGCAAGCGCGUCAAGAAAUGGCUGGAAGCGGGACUUUACGUCGGUCAAGACGAGAACAUAGACCCCGUCCGUCUCCACAAAAAGCCGGCGAGCGCAACUACCACGGAGAGCGACACUCCUGUCAACCGGAGAACUUUCAUGCCUCUUCCGAUGUUCAGCUACUUGGAAUGCAGCCGCGAUUUUACUAUUCCAUAUGACAUCUAUGCGCCAUCUCUCAAGAAGGGUGACGAGAGGCCAAAGGAUUGGCACAAAAUCAACCGCAACCGUUUGGUUGGCGAGGCCAAAGAUCUUUGGGAGAAGCCUGAUCCUUUGCCACUUUCAGUGUGUGUCUGUCCGGAGCCUGCACGCGGCGAGCAAGGUUGUGGAGACGAUUGUCUCAACCGUGUCAUGCAAUAUGAGUGUAAUGCACAGAAUUGCUGCCUGAGCGAAGCGCAAUGCGGGAACCGUGCCUUUAUCGAGCUCUCUCAGCGCAUCAAGAAAGGUGGCGCAUUUGAUAUUGGUGUCGAGGUCAAGAAAACAGAGAACCGCGGAUUUGGCAUCCGUGCUGUACGUGCUUUCCUUCCGGGACAAAUCAUUAUGGAGUACACCGGAGAGAUUAUUUCCGAAGGAGAAUGCCAACGACGCAUGCGUGAGGACUACAAAGACAAGGCAUGCUACUAUCUCAUGGAGUUGGAGCGUAACCUGGUCAUCGACGGUACCAAGGGUAGCAUGGCUCGCUUCAUCAAUCACUCUUGCGACCCCAAUUGUGAAGUUCGCAUGGUCAAGGUAAAUGGAACUCCGCGCAUGGCUGUCUACGCCGGUGAUGCGGGCAUCAUGACCGGUGAAGAGCUCACCUACGACUACAACUUUGACAACUUUGGUGAAGUGCGGCAAAAUUGCUACUGCGGCGCCUCCAACUGCCGAGGCUUCCUGAGCAAGCGACUGAAUGCCACGGAACAGAAGAAGCAAGCCAAAGCGGAGGAAGAGCGUCGUCAGAAGGCUGCCAUUGCGGCGCAGAAAGCUGCCGAGCGUGAAGCCAAUAAGAAGCAGGUGAAGCAGUCUCGCGGCAGUGGCUGGCGCGGCUGGGUCGCCAUCGAUGAUGCAGAAGUUAAGGAACAGCUCAAGGCGGAGAAGCGCGCUCGCGAAGAAGCCGCACAAACGUCGUCUCGUGCGCUACGUCUCGCACAACGACGCGAUGCCACAUCACCUGCGAAGUCUUCCCGCAAGGCCAAGGAUGAUCCCAACCGGCGCAAAACCAUCGGCUCACUGCGCGAGCAUGCCGCCAAGGACAUCGAUGUCGAGGCGGAGAAGCCGGCGACUGCGACUGCGAGUAAGAAACGUCGUCGGGAGACCGAUAUUAUGCCUGCCACGUCGUCUUCGUCAACCACGACCACGAAGAAGACGACUACCACAUCCUCCUCCAAAUCCACCAUCACGACCGUCACAUUGAGCAUUGAAGAGAUUGAGAUCCAUCAACAUGAGGCGAAGAGGGGCAAACUGCCGCAGCGCUCGAUGAAGUUGAAGCAGAGUCUACUCAAUUUCAAGAAGGUCGAUUAG